AGGUACAACAGUCUUAUCUUCUUUAAGGAAUGUUUUACACAAGAAGAACAUAGUUCUUUGACAAAUAAUGCUUAGGGAACAUCCUUUAAAGGUUACUAAUUUUCUACCCUUCAGAGAACCUUUCAGGAAUGGUCUCUUACUUGAUCUCAGAAGGCUAGUUUAAUCCAUUUUCUGAAAACUAUCAGGGAAUUUUCUCUAAAACUUUCCUAAAUGUCUUCAACUUUUACGGUGUAACUUUCAGGGAAUCUUAGAGAACCUUAAGGAGAUUGAGGGAAUAAAACAAAGAUUAAAGACACAAAAUCAAAAAAUCCAGCACAAAGUAGCUAAACAUAAAAAAUACACAUCCCUGCAGGGUCCCUGUACACUUUACUGUAGUAAAAAUUAGAUCUAAACUGAGCUUAUUGAGUAUCGGUGUGCAGAACGGAAGAAGUCCGACUUUCAACGGCCGCCAUUGGGAAAAGUUCCUGACAACUGCCACACCUGUUGCUUCCAGGUUCUUGUUGCACAGGGGAGUACUUGGCCAGCCCGAUGGACAUUACAGAGGAAAAUAUAUCCCGAAUGGAUAUGCUGGAGAAAAUAGCUGAGCUGGAUUACAGCCAGAGUCAGCUGAGGGAACUGAACACUGAGAUGAGGCACUGGCUGGAUGUUGCAGACGACGACAUGGCAGUGCUGCGCUCAGAGAAUGCCAGCCUCAGGAAACAAGUGAAAGACCUGGAGAGGAUCUUCAGCGAACUUCAACAGGUUGAAGUUGAACCUUGUGGGCCUCUGUUGCCCGAUGGCCUGGAUGAAAAUAAAAUCUGUGAAAAGAAGAUUCAGGAUUUGGAGAAGGAAACAUUAAAGGUCCAGGAAGAAAAUAAGGAGCUAAUCACCAAGAUAAAGAUCCUUAAACAAGAACAAGAGCAAGACAAGAUCGCUUUAAACAAGCUUAGGACUGAAUUUGAAAACCUUGAGAUUGGAGUGGAGGAGGUUCAACUAGAGCUGCAGCGAAGGGAUGAGCUGAUUCAUCAGAAAACCUUGCAGUUAAAGCACUUGGAGGAAACCGUGGAGGAAUAUUCAGAAGUCAUGAAGGCAACUAUGUUUACAACCAUUACUAUUCUAAAUGAAAGCAGUUUCGCUUCACACAAGGACCUCAGGCUGACGAAGCAGGAGCUGAUCCACCAGCUGGAGGAGAGACGAGACGAGGCUUCAUUUGCUGCUGUGACUGAGGCAAUGAGAGAGGAGGAGGGACAGCCCAGUCCUCACCUGUCCAUAGCAGAGGAAAUCCAGCACCUCUUCUCGUCUGCUGGCAUGAAUUUCUGCACAAAAGACACCAUGCAUCCGAUCUCUGUGGCAUCUGAUCUGGACGACAAUAUAAAGACUGGUGAGAAGGAGCAGCUGGAACCUCCCCGUCUUGCAACUAACCUCCAACCCAAACGUGGGAGCAGCUGUGCUGUUAUCUUGAGGGCCACCAUCCGGAAGCUGAUCAUGCUGUGUAUCUUCAGCAUGUGUGUUUUGGUCUUUAUAUUUUGUGGCUGCUGGGUUCGAAACGCUGGCAACUUUUUCAGCAACAGUUUGAUAAUGUUGCCGCCCUUCGUCAGCGUCCAAUAUGAGGCAUUACCUCCCAUUUAAUCUAUCAUCAACCUGUUUCAAGUUUGAGCUCGGGUUGUUUGUAGUUUUUAAACUGCAAACUGCAGGAAUUUAACUUGAAGAACCUCUGUACUUGUAUGCUAAGCUAUAUUUACACAAAAGUAAAGUUGCAAAAUGGCCACUUCA